GAGUGGACCACCCCCGCCGCGGGUCCCAGCAGCUCGGGCGGCGGGAGGAGCGGCAGCGGUCAGGCUACUCCGCUUCGCGAAGGCUCUCUGCGCGCCGCGGCCCUCAGGCACCCGGCUCUCGCCCGCCCCGUCGCCACGAUGCCCAAGAGGAAGGUCAGCUCCGCCGAGGGGGCAGCGAAGGAGGAGCCCAAGAGGAGGUCGGCGAGGUUGUCAGCUAAACCGGCUCCUGUAAAAGUGGAAACGAAGCCAAAAAAGGCGGCGGGAAAGGAUAAAUCUUCAGACAAAAAAGUGCAAACAAAAGGGAAAAGAGGAGCAAAGGGAAAACAGGCGGAAGUGGCCAACCAGGAGACUAAAGAAGACUUACCUGCAGAAAAUGGAGAGACUAAAAACGAGGAGAGCCCAGCCUCUGAUGAAGCAGAAGAGAAAGAAGCCAAGUCUGAUUAAUAACCACACACCGAGUCCUGUCAGUGGUCCCUGUUUCCCUUCUUGUACAAUCCAGAGGAAUAUUUUUAUCAACUAUUUUGUAAAUGCAAGUUUUUUAGUAGCUCUAGAAACAUUUUUAAAAAGGAGGGAAUCCCACCUCAUCCCAUUUUUUAAGUGUAAAUGCUUUUUUUUAAGAGGUGAAAUCAUUUGCUGGUUGUUUAUUUUUUGGUACAACCAGAAAAUAGUGGGAUACUGGAUACGGGAGGCUUUGAUUGUCUUGGGUGUCAGCUUAACAUUCCAUAGAUGCAGGUAGCUUUUAUAUCCUGUAACACAAAAGCAUACUAAAUGACAGUUGGAGUCAGUUGUGCAUUUAAUGUCUUGAACACUUUAAAUUACUUCUCGUCCCAUAUUGUUUUGGUAGAAUUAUUUCCUACAGCAAACCACUUUUUGAUCUUGGCUCUCCUGGUCAGAAUUUUGUACACUAUACUAUAACAUCUUUGGUCGUGGUAGUCCAGUUUUCCUAGUAACUUGGUUAAUGUGCUGUGAACGAUUGACAGUUUGGGUAUGUAGUGUAUAUGAUAUUAAAUUGUGAAUCAGUGGGACUUAUGAUGUAACAACGUAUCAAUAUUUGAAGAUAUUGGUACUUGAUAUCCUGUUAAGAAAAGUUUGCUCCAAAUUUUAAGCUGGAAAGUCACUGGAAUAACUGUUAAGAAUAAUAACUACAUGAUAUUUUAGAUUUUUGGUACAUAUGUGAAGAAUUGUGUACAAAUGGAAAUGUCUGUGUAGUGAUCCUCAAAACAACCAAUAAAAUCUCAGUUAUAAAAGAAAAAAAAAAAAAA